AUGGACGAACUCAUCGUUCUACAAACGCUCUACACGCUGCUAGUCCAGAACAAGACCAACCGGGUGUCACUGGUGCGACUCCAGACCGAGAUCAACGACAACGCGCUGCUCAAACAACUCGUCCCCAGCACGCGCAAGCCCGCGGUGUCCGUGCACGACAUCCUGGAGCUGAUCAAGCGACUUUUCCCAAAGAAAACCUCGCUCACAGAGGGCCAACUGACGUUCUACAACUUGCACCUGGGCGAGAUGCGCGAACAGCUGUUGGCGAGGUACGCUGGAAUCCGCGAGAGUCUGGUGAGCCAGAUCAGCGCGACGGAACCCGCGAUCGAGGCCCUGGUCAAGGACAAGACCACGUCGCAGCGAACCCGGCUCUUGGAACUGUGUCGGGACACCUUGUUGAACAAGUUCGAGGAGCACGCCCGUGCGCGCAUGUACGCGCACAGCGUGGGUGAGGACGCGGUGCGCGAGCCCGUCAACUUGGCGUUGAUUCGCGGACGCACGCCCGCUAGCAUUUUGGAACUGCAGGCUUGGUUACAGAUGUGUGUAGCGAACGCGACGAUGUACUAUGGCAGUGGGAGUAAGGAGUGGAGGGACGCGCGGGAGAGUCAGGGACAGUUGGACGAGACGAUAGGGUUUGUGAGGAGUGUUUUGGAGUAG